AUGGCUUCCUUGGAGAUUAUUGCAGUUAAAGCACACUAGUUCUUAACAGAGGAAAGCUGGGAUACUUCUAAAUAGAUUUUUGAUACCAACAUGCUUGAAGCGUCGAAGGAAUGGAUCGAGGCAUAUGGGGGCAAUUCACUCCUCAAAACAAUUUAUAAGGCUCUAGAUUAGGUUGUGAAACUCUCAGAGUGCGAUUAUAGUUAUAAUCCAGACUCUGAUGCAGAUCCCUUUCUGGAGAAAUGAUCAAUAUGGUUAUUCAGUUUCUUCUUCUACAAUAGGAAACUAAAGCGUGUAGUGAGUUUAAGCUUUUGCUGCUUAAGUAACUUAGUGGUUGAUCGUUUUGCUGCUGACUACUUGUCUUGCGAGGAAGAUGGUGAAAUAUUUGAUAACAUGGAUAUAUGAUCACUUACAUACUGCUUGUACAAUGUGUCAAUACCUUUUGACAUCAGCCUGCACUUAGUUAUGUUCUGUAGCAUAUUUUCUACUUUGCUGUGUAUAUGUCGUUUAUUUUACCUAGACUCAGAUUUGUUCUACUUAGAUAUGUUGUCUUUUAAGUGUUU